AUGAAGGCUUCAUCGGCCUCACCAGAGGCCGUACCCACAGUUCCCGCGGCGCUAGCAUAUGAAUGCAUCAACAGUGUGCCAUUCCACCAUUCAGCAGCAGUUGAUCUGUUGGAUUCCAUCCGUCCAUAUCUUGAGUGGCAAACCAACCUCCAAUGGAUCAAAGAUCCGCCUUUAGAAUAUUCCCAAAAGAUUCAGGCUCCCUACGAUUUCCUGAAAAGUUUCGAGGGCAUAUACACCAAAGCUUCAGCCGGAUCAUACGCGAGUGAGUAUGAGUUUGGGUUCGAGUUGUAUCGAUGUUUCCAGCGAGCACACAAUGGACAUUUUACGCUCAUGCCGGACUCUGUCGGUAAUAUCUUCGCGUUCGGUAGGCCUACACCACUGGUCUCGGUGUCGAUGGACGGGACCGGUAUUCCCGAAGUCUUCGUCUACACCGAUAUCGUGGAGACCAUUAAGGGGAAUGCCAGCUUUGUGCCGAGCCCGAUUACUUUGAUUGAUGGGCAAAACAGCACCGAAUACUUGUUACACUGGGCUCAAUAUGGUGUUUUGCAAGACCCAGACGCCCUGUGGAAUAACGUCUUCUACUUACUCGGAGCAGUCUCACUGGGUGCGGCAGGGACUGGCACUGGAACCUUCGCUGGCGGUGGUCAUGGCCGUUCCUUUUAUCCCGGCGAAAGUACUACGCUUACAUUUGCCAACGGCUCAGCAGUGACGCAUCCGAACUUUGCUCGUGUUCUGGUGUCUUUUGACAACAUCACUAGCGGUGCCGACAUAUAUACACAGUACUUGACUCCUCCUCCGGGCAAGAUCAUGCCGGCAGAGGAACUUGCUACACAAACCACUACUUUUCCAGCCACAACCAUGACUUUGAGCACUCCAUCGGCGACUGUGACGACGACCACCACAACCGUGUUGGCGCCUGGCUUCCCUGCGCCUUUCAUUCGCGAAGUUAACAACACCAACUCCGGAUACUUUCUCGAAGGUGAAGGUUACGAUGAUGUGGCAGUACUGAGCAUCCAGAACUUCGUGGGACCACAAAGCGACGAGAUUCCAUUCCAGGCCGUCAACACCUACUUCAUCGAGCAAGCUGUAGCGCGCAACAAGACCAAGUUGAUCAUCGACUUAUCGGCAAACGGCGGCGGCACCAUUCUCCAAGGAUAUGAUCUGUUCAAGCAGCUUUUUCCACAUCUCCUACCAUAUGGUGCUAAUCGGUUCCGCGCGCACGAAGCGCUGGAUUAUAUCGGACAAGAAUACAGCGCCUUCUCUGGGCGAUUUGAGCGAAGUAUGAAGUUGCAUGGCAAGACGGGAGAGUAUGUUUCCUCAUUCUACAACUAUCGGAGUGAUGUCAACGUGAAUUACACCAACUUCGCAUCGUGGAGCGAAAAGUUUGGCCCCGAGACGUUUGGACCAGGCCCGGACAACUACACAUCUUUGCAGCGCUGGAACCUGACCGAUGUUCUGACUCCUAUCUCGUCGGGCGGCAUCUACGUCUCGGGCUACCUCAAACGUUCCAACGUUACCACUCAGCCUUUCGCCACCGAGAAUGUUGUGAUUGUGAGUGAUGGCUAUUGCGCUUCGACUUGCGCCAUCUUCAGCGAAUUGAUGCGUCAACAAGCUGGAGUCAAGAUCAUCUUCCUCGGUGGUCGACCGAACACAGACAUCACCCAAGCUAUUGGCGGUGUGAAGGGAACGAACAUGCGAUCAUACGGCACCAUCCUCGAGUCUGUGCAGGUUCCGUUCAGGUACGAGUCCGUUCACUCACGAGAGUUCUACAAGCGCACCGCUCUGGGUGCGUACAAUAACCUCGCGGUACAUCGAACAAUGGGCAGUGUGAACAGCCGAGAAGGCUUUCGUCAGAACGACACGUCGAACAUUCCACUACAGUUUCUGUAUGAGCCUGCGGAUUGCAGAAUCUACUAUACUCCAGAGAUGGCGGUCGAUAUGACGGCUGCGUGGAAGACUGUGGCCGACUCGGCCUUCCAUGGUAUCAACCAUUGCAUUGCUGGUGGCUUCUCUGGUGGCGAGGAGGGCUCGCGCGCAAGGCGUAGUGUGGAUAUGAGUCGAAGAAAGAAGCAUGGCGUGAGGGAGGAUUUGGAUGUCGAAGCGCACAAGAAGACAAUCAUGAACGUCUGGACUGGAAAAGAUGGCAUUUCCUUUGAAGGCAGUGGAGAUGCCUAUAUGCUACCUUGA